UCCUGUCUUCCACCUACUGAAACUUCACUGUCUCUACGUUUAAACAUCGUAUUAGAGACCUGGAUAAACCUGGUUCUCGUGGUGCUAGAUUGCUUCUCGGGAAAAAAGCUAAAGAAAUCAGUUUUUUAGUGACAGUGCCAAGAUAAAUGAAACAGAAUGCCUAACACGAAGAAAAAUAAGCAACAGCCUCAUUCGAGAGCAAUGAGCAAACAAGACGAACUACUGGCCGAACAGACCAGAUAUUUUCUUAAUAUUAAUAAGAAGAUAUCAAAAACAGAAGCCCUCAAACAGUUUAUAUGGAAUCCAGAAACAAAAGCUUUCAUGGGAAGGACCGGUUCGAGUUGGUCCAAAAUCGGAUUAUUCUAUCUGAUAUUCUAUGGAAUGCUUGCUGCCAUGGUCGCCAUUUGCAUGUGGGUGUUCUUCCAGACGCUGAAUCCCAGGAUACCAAAAUGGCAGCUUGAAAGAUCGAUUAUCGGUACCAAUCCAGGUUUAGGAUUCAGGCCGCUGCCACGGAACAGUACCGAAAGUGCCCUUAUUUGGUUUCAAGGUUCCAACAAGAAGAACUACCAACCCUGGGUGGAUAGUUUGUUAGAAUUUUUAGAUGGUUAUUAUUUUCCAAGUAAAAUUGCCAAAGGUAGUGGGCAAAUCAAAACGUGCUCAUAUUCUGACUUCCCUAACGAAGAUGAAGUCUGUGAAGUAGAUGUGAGAGAGUGGGGAAGAUGUAACAAAGACGAAUUCUUCGACUAUCACAGGAGUUCACCAUGUAUAUUCCUCAAGCUGAACAGAAUAUACGGAUGGAAACCAGAUUAUUAUUUAUAUGACCACGAGCUUCCUCCAGAAAUGCCAAAACAACUUAAAGAUCAUAUCAGGAGUAUCAACAAUACACAGGAUAGGAAAAAUAUCUGGGUGUCUUGCGAAGGAGAAAUGCCAUCCGACAAAGAAUACAUAGGAAGCAUAACGUAUUAUCCAAAUAAUUUUCAAGGAUUUCCAGGAUAUUACUUCCCCUAUUUGAAUAAAGAAGGAUAUUUGAGUCCUUUAGUCGCUGUCCGAUUUGAAAGACCUGUUCCCGGAAUCGUAAUCAACGUCGAGUGUCGCGCCUGGGCCAAGAACAUAAAGUACAGCAGAAUGGACAGGACCGGUUCAGUGCAUUUUGAACUUUUAAUCGACUAAACACGAGCAGCGGCCGUAAUCUUAUGUCCGGUACGAAAUUGUAGAUCUGAUGUAAAUUGAUAUUAACUAGUAUUAAGCGAAAAACUCAUCUUGACUGUAUCACGGUCUAUUUCGAAUAAACAGGGAGGUACUGAAAUAAUUAUAUUCAGGAGAACUAUGAUUCUUUUAAGGUAUAAGUAAAUUUCGAAAGUAACGCCAUAUCUUUAAAUUAUACCAUGGCAUCUAUAAAGUCUAGCAUAAAUAAAUUUUUGUUUUAUCUUUUUUUUACAAAAUAGAACAUAUUAAUGUAUUUUGGAUUCAUUAGUAUCUCAUUGGAUCCUAUUUCUCACUGAACGAUUUUACCUAUAUGUUCUCUGAAGUUUUUCUUGCAUAUUUAUUUACCAAUGAGUGAAGGAAAAGAAGUUUGUUUCAAAAAUAAUAAAUUAUACAGAAAAAAAUUACCUAUUGAACCACAUAUUAUAUGUGUUUAGAAGUUUUUGUAGCUAUAAUAUAUUUUUUUAAAUAAUUGAUUCAAAGAAUCAUUUUUAUAUGCCUCCAGACUUCCGAAAAGCACAAAUAACUACUAUAUAAGUACUUUUAUAUUAAACGAAACUGUACAAUAUUUGUAGAAAUAAAAUAUAAACCAUUAAUAUGUA